AUGACAGAUGCUACUGCCAAUAAAGAUGUAAUAGUAGAGACUAUCGCGUCGUCGUCGACGAUUGGCGAUGGUGCCACAACGAGUGGCACAUCCACGAUACACGAUGAAAACUCGAAAGACGUUACGAUGGUCGAUGAAUCGGAAGAUCCAAGCAACUUCAGGUCCCCCGAACGGUUCCUGCAGGACAUAAUCAUUUCCCGUGCCCCAGAGGAUGUCCGAUCGCGUUAUCGUCCAACGGACCCUGCCACCCCUGACCAGAUUGAAGAGUACCGUCAGAAGGUCCUCAACCAUCCCAGAACCAAGCACCGCCUCGUCUUCCAGCAGUGGCCGCGAGACCCUCAGGGUCCUGUUAUCACUCACGACAACAGUGCCAUGGGGAAGGUGGCAGGAAAUGGCCUACAAAUAUGGGGAGAGACUCUCUUCGAUUUCUUCAGCGUGUCCAGAGUGCCAGGUGUUACUGGCUUGGUGACCUUUACGAGCGGAAGCAAAAUGGUAAACUGGGUUAAUCAACAUAAAGAAACUUUCGCACAAGACUUGGUGGAGCAGCAGAAAUCAGAAGCAGAACCUACCACCGUCGAACCAUGCGAUAUAGGCAAAUUGAUUCAGAAGAACGAGACAAUGCAUAUUAAUGCCAAGUGGUCGCUCCAGAAAUCGUGGUCCAAGGAUAAGGAAAAGGAUCGCUAUGAACUUCCCCAACCUUGGCCACCCGCCUCCCCUUUCGACCCAAGUGCAUACCCUAGCCCGUGGCCUAUUCCGCCCUUUUCUCAACAGCACAUGACGCGUAUCCCGACUUUACAGCAGUACAUUCCGCAGUGCCUUCUCCCCGAGAGACUUGUCGUUCAUGAUCCUUGGAAGUUGCUAGCCGCCAAAGUGGUUGAAGUAGACAGGGAUAGCGAAGACUUUAGGGCCGAGAAACUCGUCAAAUGGAACGAGAAAGAAGACAUUACGCAUAUAUAUAGGCUACAACAUUCGGAAACUAACCAUAUCCGCAGAAUGAAGGAUAUGGAGAAGCUGGAGAGCGAAUACGAAGAGAGAUGCAGAGUCUACGACGAUUUUAUAGCUGAUCCUCAUUCCAGAAAUAAGCUGCCUGACGGUUUCAUGAUUAACGAGGUUCAAGAUACUUCCGUAGACGAACCAGGGCCUAUUAAGCCGCCUAUUUACGUCGUCUUUCCUCUCCGACCGAUACGCGAACAACCCGAAGAAGCGCAUCUAUACAUUGCCCCAGCUGGCACGAUCGGUGAAGGGAAUCACUCCUUCGUAUACAAGACUGAAUUAGAACUCCCUCGUAACUUCUUGGUGAAUGAGGAUCUUUGUCAAGAAUGUGUCCUCGAAGACAUGGAAAGCAUCCUUCGUGAACAAGAUGGACCAAACGGCGAAAGGCGCGAUCCUAAGUGGGAUGAAAAAAGCGGAAGAUUGGUUCUGAAGACAACAGAAGUGUUGCCUGCAGUGGCUAAGAUGGAAGACCCAAUUGAUGGGAAGAUGGCGCCGUACAUAAUCAAACCUGGGAAAUACGAGGAGCGCCUCGAAUACGAAGGCCCGUUCCGCGUAAUUCAAAGUCGAGUGCAGUUCCCAGACCUCUCAAAAGGACCGUACUGUGCCCACAUUCGCGGUCAUGAAAGAGCAAUUCACCCACUGACUUCGAAGGUGUAUGUCGCCGCUAAAUUGUCGAAACAAGGCGACGCCCACCUAGCCAACGAGGCCGAGAACUAUCAGAGAUUCCCUCAUCAUUUCUUUGAACAUUGGACUGGGUACAAUAUUGUGAGGCCCAUGCAUGAUCCAGUUCCUGUGGAAGCCUUGGUCCCACAGUUUUAUGGCUACUACGUCGUCGAAACUAAGUCGCCAAAGCUGUCAGAACCUGAAGGUGAAGAUGAAACAGAAAGUAGUGCAUACCUCAGUCCUUUGCUUCUGCUUGAAGAUUGCGGGCAACCGAUUGUCCCUAGAAACCUUUCAGUCGAUGACAUAAACCAAUCUGGGUCGUUGAUCUAUCGUCUCCACGAGGAGGGUUGGCUUCAUGGCUCGGUAGCAAGACGAAACAUCUUGCGACAGCCCGGUCCUCUGAGUGCAUGGCCAUCCGAGAGAGCUGCGAACGCUGCGAAGAGAGAUGGUCUAGGAGAGAAAUGGAGCUUUAGAUUGAUUGAUUUUGGACGAAGCAAGUUGUCCGAGAUCGAGGACGAACAUUUAACGAGACCCCAGAUUCUAGAACGUGGUCAUAUCACAGCGUGGAUCGGGGGCUGGGCAACGGAGGAGAUUGGCUAUAUAUGA